AUGUCCGUGGAUUCAAGCGCCGAAACACAAGCAAUUGCAUUCUUCCAGGCGACAUUUCUGAACAACUACUGCCAGCUUUCAAUUACUACACUGAUUAUCUAUGAACACCUAAUCACUGCGGCGGGAGAAGUCCGACUACUGCGCGAGCGCAAAUUCUCAAGCUCUGGCCUCAUAUUCCUUUUCAAUCGUUAUACCCUGCUUGCUUUUGGCAUAAUCAAUGCCGUCUAUGUCUAUCCCUGGGACACCCCUAUCAGCUGCGAGGCGAUGAGUAUGCUGUAUGAUAUUCUCCAGAUCAUCCUGUAUGCGGUUGCUGCAGCCUUUUCCGCGCUACGAGUAUAUGCCAUUAAUGACCGUGACUGGUUAUCAGCAACGUUGACCUUGAUACUUGGCCUGCCACCCGUGGCGGUGAACAAUUUUUAUACCGCCAUUGCUUCAUACGACACCGUUAGUUGGAUUGUCGGCAACCCGGAGUGCAAUGGAGGCAACGACUUGUCACAAAGCACCGAAAACAAGCUGAUCAAAUGUUCAGUGACGAUAGCAACGCGCACCUGCGCGACGGCAUCCGAGCUCAUCGUGCUCAUCACAGUCGAGGAGAAAUCGCUGGAGGUUGUCGUUGGUAACGUUGAUACUCAGAGAUGUUGUCUCUUGGCGCUCAACAUAAUACAAAUGGCUCUUGAGCUAAGCGAAGGCGUAGGUUGCAAGUUCCCGUAUUUUGGUGUUGCCAGCGAGUUCAUUGCAAUACCGUCUUUCGUUCAUUCAAGCCAGGAUACGCCCUCGUUACACUUCGUGGACAGUAUGGGAGCAUCGCUGACUGACGAUUCCCUAUACAUGUCUACGACAGAAGACCUGCCCCUGCAGCCUGUUGGGCAGUCCACCGCUGGCGAACUCGAGAUGGGUGCUCUCAUACCUGAUGACAGACAACACGCCUCACAUGCUGGUGGAGGGGAUUAA